CCCUUACCUGUUAUGUAUCUAAUUGUGACCUAUGUUCGCGCUCUGUUUGUGCCAUGCUAUGCAGCUCCAAUUUGAGAAAGAGCAGAGGAAAGUCAUGGCCCAGAGGCUGUCUGAGGAGAGAAAGAAGGCAGAGAAAGCUCAGAAAGAAAUCAUGGAGGCAUGGGAAGAAAAGCUCAAGAAAGUGGAAAUGGAGAAGAUUGAUCUGUCGCAACAACUUCAGAAAAUGGGAGCAGAUAAGCCUCAAGAUAGAGUGCUGAGAGGUGGAACGGACGUCCGUCUCACUCAGAAGGAGCUGAAACAGUUGAGAAAGGAUAUUCAGGAGCAGGAAACGUUAAUAAAAGGUUACCAGAUGGAGAAUGAGAGGAUGGUAGAACGUCUGCGAGAGAUGCAAGCGGAAAUGAAGGAGAAUGAGAGGAGAACUAAAGAGGACAACACUCGUUUGGCUGCAACUCUGGCAAGCCAUCAUAUCGAUUACAGUCGCAAAUCAGCUGAUGCAGCAUCACAUUUUCAGCGCAUACUCAACCUGGAGGCCGAACUGGAGCGAGUCAAACAAGAAGCGCAUGCGCGGGAGCUCGAGUUGAAAUUUGAACUCGACAAGGCACGCAAAGGACGCAAAGAGCUUGAAAACCGAAUAGCUGGGAUUGAUCCUGAGCAAAUGGCCAAGGAAGAUGCUGCACUGGAAGAGACCAGAGCCCAGCUUACAAAAGAGAGAGAGGAGCAUGCGAAGGUUGUUAAGGAGAUGGAGAGGAAGCUGCAGUGGUAUGCAGAAAAUCAGGAGCUAAUCGAUCAGAUCAAUCAAGUCAACCGGCAACAGGCAGCGACUAUUACUCAGCUGCAGACCUGCUUGGCUGAGUAUGAUAAAGAAGAUGCUGAUGUGAAUGGCAUUAUAAAAGGGAAUGUGGAGAGGAGUGAUAGCAAAAACAAGCAGAUGAACCAAAACAAGAAACAGGGGAGUAGAGGAGGAGGAGCCUUCAAGGUCCAAGCUUCGAGCAGCCAUAUUGCGGCCUUACAAAAGCAGGUGAAAAGCUUGGAGGCAGCUCUGCAGGAGAUCAUCAAAAGCCCAAACAGCUUGACAGCUCUUGUUCAGGCAUCCAGGCCACCCCCUGAGGAGAAUGAGUUGAUUGUUAAGCUCAAGAGUGAAGUGGCCUCGCUUAAUGCGAUUUGCACAAGCACAGAGGAGCAGUCUAAUAAGGCGUUAAGGAGUCUACGACAAGAACAUGAGCGCAUAUGCAUGGAAUAUCAGAGACGCAUCAAGGCACUAAAGCAGCAAAUCAUUCAACAUCCAAAGCCAGCAUUGGCACGAGCUGGCAGUCAUGAUACGGAAAGGGCACUUCCCGCUGGUCGUACAAAAAGGCUGGAACAGCAGCUUGAGGAAUGUCGAACGUUUUACAGCAAGAAGGUAAAGGAACUCUCAAAGAAGCUGGCAGAGGCAACAAGCGAGAAGACCAAGGAGGAUGGUGGUGGCAUCCAGAUGGCAGGAGCUCAAGACAGUUUAGCGAAGAAAACAAAGCCAAAUGGUCUCACAGCGGGAGCUUCUAAAGAAGUAGCAAGGCUGACAGAGAGAGUGCUUCGCCUUCAGGAAGCUCUUGAAGUAAAGGAUGCAGCUUUGAAGGCUUUGAAGAAGCGGCUCCCAAAAGCAUCUCUUUUGCCUGAUGUGCAAGAAGUGUCCGCAAAGCCUCAUCAAUCAAGUCACCAGCUGGAUGCAAACACAAAUCAUGUCGAUCGUGAGGGGAGAGAUGAUGGAAGCCACCAUGGACAUUGUGACAGGGACACAAAUGGAGCGUAUAACACGCAAGAGGCAAGCCGAUACAGCGCACAAUCGAAUGAGCACAGUCACACCAAUACCGCCACAUCAUAUGACAAGUCAAGGCCUCCGGGAAGUGUGGGGCAAGUUGUGACUCACUUCACAGACGAUAUGUCCAUGAGGGAGGUAAGGGAGCAACGGAUUGCAGUCAAGGAUGCAAAGACUCCAGGGGUCACAAUACAAGGAGAGGGCAUUGUUCGCCAUGGGGAGGAGAGAAAAGGCACAACAACAGUCAAUGCGAACAUGGAAAUGACAACAACAGCAGGAUGCAUGUUUCCUGAUCAGAUGGAGGCACCACAGGCAUUGAUAGGUCAUCGUGGCACGGGUGACGUAUGCCAGGUGAAAGUCAUGCCGAGGAGGCCAGAUGCUGCUGAAAUUAAAUGCCAAAUGCACCCGAGGUCAUGUGCGCAGAUGACCAUCGAACGAGGGGUGUUGGUGAGUUUGCCACAUCACCAAGUUAUAGAGCGGAUGCAAGCUGCCCAACGAGCCACACUGGCCAUGCUUCCAAACUGCAGAAAUGGACAGUAUCCUUCUGAAGAGAUGCGGGCGCAAGUCGAAAAUCUGCAGAUCCAAUGUAAAGCCUAUGAUCACAAGGUCAAGUCACUGGAAGAAAAAGUGGAUAUCCUCACAUCUAAGCUGUUGAGCGCAUCACCUGAGAUGACAUCAAGCAGUGAGAAUAACAAACAGGUACAAGCGUUGCGAGAGCAGCUGAGGCAAAUGCAAGCAGAUCUGAAACAGGGCGAAAUGAGGUGGAAACAGAUGAUUAUGGAGACACAAAAAAUGGGCGAGAAAGAGUCCGAGCUGCUCAGGAGUCAACUGGCAAACACAAUCAAAGCCAAAAAUGUGGAAAUCCAACGGUUUAGAGAGGAGCUUGAUGAUGUCAUCAACACGGCUCAUCGCCUCAUCGGAGACCUUCGAGAGCCGUCGACUACACACUAACAGCAGCAGCAUGGCAUCCGCUGCGUACUGUUAUUAUAUUAUUAUUUUCUCAUCAGCUCCUUUGGCACCCCCCCGCAGUUUGCGAACUUUGUUGUGGCCCUUGCUGUGUGGGUACCUUCCAAGAAGCGGGCCGGGAAGGUGGAGUACACUUUCAAAGAAGUCGUAUAUAUACCACUUGGACUUGAAAGUGGAACGUCUGGAUUUUGGCCCAAGCCCAAGUGCCUGGUCCCCUUCUCUCUGAGGCACCUGUACAUUAUAAGAAGGGACGCUGGGCCCGUUUCCCAGCUUUUUAUGUAAAAAUAUUUUUUUUGCUAGGGACAAAAUAAAAUAAAAUGAAAUGA